AGUAACAAGUUGUCAACUUGUCAACUUGAAGUUGAAUUCCCUAUCACGAGAAUUAUUAAAACACAGGGAUAGAGUUGAUUAAUUUUAACACUAUAGGUUUUAAAGUAUGUGUGUGUUUAUUUUAAUUAACAUGGGGUGCUCGUCUUUAUAAAUCAAUAACCCACUCCUAGGAGUGUACAGCUGAACUUGGCUCCUCCAUUUCCAUCUGCUAAAGUAAAUAUCAACAGAACAACCAAAAUGGAUUCCAGUAACACAGUUUGUCCAGUUUGUACACUAUAUCUGAGACCUGGUAUCACAUUGAAGUCUCAUUUAGCCAGUCAUCCAAAACAAAAAGUAAUUGAGGCUUUAGUUAAGCUCUCAGCUGUAAAACCAGACCAUAAAUUAAAUGAUUCUGUUGAUUCAGAUGAACUAGAUUUAACAUCUCCAAGUAGUUCACAGGUAAAUAAUUCUUUAAAUCAGUCAUGGGGUCAGAGCAGCAGCAGCAGCAGCAGCAGCAGCAGCAUGAACAUUCCACCAAACAUGGGGCCCAUGCAAGGAAAUCAUCUAUUUAUCUACCAACAAAGUAUGAGUACAACUUCUCCUCAGGGCAAUGUACUUAAUAUAAACCCACUCUCACAGCAAUAUGUUAUACCUACUGUAUUUAAUCCUCAAAUGAUGCCUUAUGUGUAUCAACAGCAACAUGUUAUCCUGUCAAGUAACUCAUGUGUUCCUCCUUUGCGUGCUCUUCCAUUUGAACUACCUUCUACUUCAAAUAGCAGUGAACAAACUGCAGUUAUAACCGAAGCUCCAAAUGAGGAAGGAUUAAGUACUGAACAGAUAUUAGAAAAAGAAGAUGAGGAUAGGGAAUGUGCUAAAAUAGAGGAGUUUACAUCAACAUCCACACAAAAGGAUUCCAUAAUUGAAAUUGAUGAUGAAGAGAAACAAGAAAAAAUUGAAGAAGAGGAAAGUAAAAUAUGUAAAGAAACAGAAUCCAUGUCUGAUGAAGAAGAUGAAAACGUUGAAAAUUAUACAACUGAAUAUGAGCUGGAAUGUGAUACCAAUAUUGAUCAUGAAGAAUUUGUUGACUCACCCAAAUCUGUUCAUGAAGGUGAAUGGGACACCCAGUUCCAUCCAGAUUUAAACAAAGCAUGCCAAACACAAACAACUACAAAUUCAUCACCCCUGCCAAACUCCAGUAUGUUGGGUAACUUGGAAAAUAACAGUUUUCCUGAACAUGUUGAGGAACCACCACCUGAGUAUUACUACAUAGAUCAGAAUAUUCCAACUACAUCAUACACAUCUAGUGCAUUUGAACAGAGUGAUCCCAUCUACACAUCCACAAAUAUUCUCCAGUCAAAUGAUUUUAUGGACAUGGAUGGGAUGCAGGUGAUCAUCAAUGAUUUCAACAGUGCUCCGAUUAUCUCCCAUGUAGACCAUCCAGAUUUGGUACCUGAAAGUUCAGCAGAUUUAAUGACAAUUGGAGAUAUGGUUUCAAAAAAUGAUUACAGUGAACACAGGGAUUUUGAUGAAAGCAUAUCAAGAGAGAGUUCAAAUGUGAAUAUGAGAACUGAUGAGCGCAUGCCACCGAGAGGUGAACUGUCUGGUCAAGAGAGCAUAGGUGGUGCCAGUGAUAUUGCAUGGAACAGAGUUCAAUAUCAAGAGGGGACAUCUGGUAUGUCCACAAAUUCUUAUCACUUUAUGGCCAGGGAGACAUGGGAAGCCUCUGACAGUUCAGAUGUUGAUGUCCCUCCAUUACAGUCUCGGAAUCCCGCAAAUUUUAAAAGUGAAAUAGAUAAUGAUAUAGACAAUGAUACACCUACAAUUGUUAGUUUCUCAGGGCCACCCCUUAAUUUUAAAUGUUCUACAUGUGGGGAGGAUUUUGCUAGUACUAAGGACAGGAAGGAGCAUGAGAUGGAGAAGCAUCCUGAAAAACGGAAGAGCAACUUAAUUGGCGCAGAGAUUGGUAAAAACAAAGUUAAAAAGUUGAUAAUAAAGACGAAAGUAGAAAAAGCUGAGUCUGAAAACAACUUUGAUAAUGUUUUCACCAAUAAACUAAAACUGGAAACUCAGGCGGAGGGAGAAAAUAUGGAAUUGUCUGCAAAUCCUGAGGCAGCUAAUACACCUGGAAAAGUUGAGAGUGGCAAUGUUUCUGUCAAGAUUUUAUGCUCAAUUUGUGAUACCGUUUUGGAAAGUGUGAAAGCACUAAGAACACACAAAUUGGAGGUGCACAAUGUUGCACCUGAUAUUCGCCACAUUUGCACAACCUGUGGACAACCUUUCCAAAAUGAAUUUAAAUUUACUGAACAUCUAAGAGUUCACCCAUUGGAAUGUAGAAUGUGUGGGAAACUGUUUUAUAGGAGACAAAACUUCCAGUUGCAUAUAAAAAGACAUCUAGGCUUGAAACCAUACAAGUGCGAGCUAUGCGAGAAAUGUUUUAUUACCAAACAAAAAUACAAUGAGCAUAAAAACACCCACACUGGAGACGCUCCCAUUAAAUGCACCUUAUGUAACGACACGUUUAGACGUCAUUCCAAUUUAGUUCAGCACAGAAACAGACAUCACUUCAACAUCAAAAAGAAAGUCAAAGAUUACAUCUGUUCGUGCGGAGAGAUCUUCCAUUCCAAGAAGAAAUUGGCAUGGCACAAGGAAAUCCACGACGCCAAACCGAAAUCCUGCACGAAAUGCAGCGAAAAAUUCAUUCACAUGUCCAGUUUAACGAGACACAUGCGACGGGCUCACAACGAGAACUUUCUGCCGAGUGAAGAGAGAAACUCCGAGAACGUCGAGUGUCCAAUCUGCAAAGGUGUUUACCUGAGAUCGUCGCUGGAAAUCCACAUCAGAAACCACAGCGGCGCCAGACCCUACACCUGUUUGAUCUGCAAUAAGAACUUCACCACCAAAUGGAAUCUAAAGAUGCACAAAUGGACGCAUUCUUCCAGGACAUCCAAACCCUUCAAAUGCGACCAGUGCAAGGGCGCUUUUAUCCGCGAGUCUGACUACAUAGCACACAUGAACUCCCAUAAGAGCGUGAGACCCUACACGUGCAACUACUGUGGGGCCCAGUUCAUCAGAAAAUAUAACUGUCAGCGACACGUGAAGGAACAUGAAAACGGUAAGACUUUUAAUUGUCAGAUAUGUGGAAAGUCCUUCCACAGGUCGUACUAUCUGAAGGAUCACAUGAGAGUUCACAGCGGAGUCAGACCGUAUGCGUGUCACAUUUGUGGUAAGACCUCCACCACCAAGUCUAACCAUAACAAACACGUACAAAUACAUCAUGCUAGGGAACCAGUUAGUACCGAGAAUUAAGUACAUACAUACUUUAAAAUCUUUUAGGUCAAUGACUAAAUAAAUCAGUAAAUUAUUUUUAUUUAUGGUUGACAUUUGUUUUAAAAUUUUUAAGGAAAUUGUAUCUAUCUAUCCUGCCGACUAUUAUGUUGACUUUAUUUGACUUUGUUGCAACAAUUGAAAUUUUUGGCUUUAGAUUGUUUGAAUCAAGUACAAUAUUAUUUAAAAAUCAUUUAACGAGAAUAAUUUUUAAUGUUUUAAAUUUUUAGGAAUUGCAUGUCUAAUCAGCCGAGCACUUCAAUUGUGUCUACCACAGGGGUAUAUGAUUUUGUCCUUAACCAAAUAUGAAUACUAAGUUGAUUUUAUUUCAUAGAUAGGUGUGUUAGAAAUCAUUUUAAUACAUCAAAUAUACCCAAAUAGUUUUAUAAUAUUAACAAAAUUGUACCUCUGUGGUGCCAAUAUUUUUACUUACAUAAUUUUAACUACAAGUGUAUCCAGAAAUCUCAUAUACUUACAUAUUUUCAGUGAAUUUUUUAAAAGCUCACUAUGAAGCUGUGAUUGUUUCAGAUUGAAACCUCAAAUUUUUAAUUCAUAUUUUGCAUACAGUGUUCAUUCUUUUUUAGUUUAGCUUUAGAUAUGAUUUUGUUAUUCAAAAUGGAACUAUUUCUGUGAGACUGUUUUAUGGGUUAUUGUAAUUAUUCUUUAGUCAAUAUACAUGAUAUUUUAUUUAUUAACUUUAUACAAUCAUGUGUAUUCAAGUAUUUUUAUUUUUAUCUCUAGGUUUGUUACAAUUAAUGGAAAAUACAAAUAUAAUUAAUAUUAAUUUGAAUUAAUGAACGUACUAUUAUUAUAAUAAAGACUGUAAUAUUUACUUUUAAAAAAAUAACGUAAUUACUGUAUUUUAAGGUAUAUUUGUUUUACUUCAGAAAGUUUUAUAGAUUUAUGUAUAAAUUUCUCACAUGUGUACAUAUUAGUUUUAAUUAUCAAGGUGUGCAAUUAUUUUUUUGUAUUUGAUAAUACAAUUGAAUUAAUUAUUUAUAAA